AUGAAAUUUUCCACUAUUUUAUCCGCUGCCGCUCUAGCCGCCUCUGCAUUCGCAGCUCCCAUUGAACAGCCAGAACAAGAUUUGAACUCCACUACAAUUCCUGCGGAAGCCAUCAUUUCUUACUUGGACUUGGAAGGUGACAAAGAUAUUGCAGUAGUUCCUUUCUCCAACGCUACAGACAGCGGUUUGUUAUUUGUCAACACCACCAUACUUGCCCAAGCUAACAAGGAAGCUGGGACUCCGCUACAAAAGAGGGAGGCUGACGCCGACGCUAAUGCCUGGCACUGGUUGAGGUUGUCCUACGGUCAGCCUAUCUACAAGAGAGACGCGAACGCUGAUGCUGACGCUGAUGCCGAUGCAUGGCACUGGUUGAGGUUGUCAUAUGGUCAACCAAUUUACAAGAGAGAUGCCAACGCUGAUGCCGACGCUGAUGCCGACGCUUGGCAUUGGUUGAGAUUGUCCUACGGCCAACCUAUCUACUAA